GUAAAUGUCUGAGGAAGCGGCGUAAGCAUCUCUGGAUCCAUCGACAGCUAUCGUCCACAAACUGUCGAACGCUUCGCGGCCUUCACCCUCCGUCAGGCGCCAGCACGCAGCACGACAGAACCACCACGUCUCUUCAGUCGUCUCCUACUCACAUCACGCCCGUCGCCCGCUCGCCGCCACUCACCCUUCGGCGGUUCGGCCAAUCGACCCUUCUCGAUUUUCACUUCCAACCAUCCGGGAAAUGGAUGCAAAUGUACCAAACAUAAAAAAGUGGAAUAUUUUAUACCCAGUGUAUAUAAAUUCAAAGAAGACAAUCGCAGAGGGAAGGCGAAUCAGUGUGAGCAAAGCUUGUGAAAACCCUACUUGUGCUGAGAUUCAAGAUUGUUGUAAUCACCUGAAAGUCCUCAGCGCUAUAGAGACUGAAAAGGCAUAUCCACGUGACUAUAUGCAAAGAGGGAGAGUGAGAGUUCUACUGAAAAAGGAAGAUGGGUCUCUGUAUAAUCCAGCUAUUUCUUCCAGAAAAGAGCUGAUGAUGCAUGUGGCAGAGUUGGUUCCUAGACAUCCAAAUAGGACAAAGAAGCAAGAGCCUGCAUCCUCUGCAGCUGCUGGUUCUUCCAAACCGGGAAAGGGUGGCAAAAAGAAGAGAUAGUUCCCAUUGCAUAUGACAGGACCCUAAAUGGGUGCCUCAUUCAUUCCCCCAAAUAUCCAUGCGAAGGAAUUCCUCAAAUAUUUCACUGGACUCUCUUUUUGUCUUUUUUUUUUUGCCCUUACUUAGACCUUAAAAUACUAGUACUAUCAAUAACAGUUUAUGAAACGCUAACACUUCUUGUAUACACGUCAAACUCUGAUGAACAGUAUUUGCACCAAAAAAUGCAUGCUUUUAAAAAACGUACC